ACUUUCUCACACUCAAUUGUUAUCCCUCCCUAUCUUCCUUCACCCUUCCUUAUUUCUCCCCCCCCCCCACAGCACUUUACAUUUCAUUCACCUCUUUCUCCUUUCCUUUCUUACUUUCAUCAACAUCCUUCUUUACAGCUAUUUUUUAAAUAAGUAUUUAAUUCGUUCACUCAUUUAAAUUUAUCUCGUUCGAACACACAACUUUUAUCUUUCUCUUCGCAACUACUGAAUUCUUUUUUCCCAGCUUGGUUCUCUCCUUCGUUCGAAUUCCUCUCUCUCUCUCUCUCUACACCUCAAACUCUCUGCUUCUUCUUCUUCUUCUUCUUCUCAACUGAUCAUCUCUUGGCAUUCAUCAAUGCUUAGCAACGGAAAUAUUAAAGUAAUCAAACAGGUGGAAGAAAGAGACCGUGAAGUAAAUGGAAGGCAUUGAAAGACGGUGAGCAAGGCGGUGGGGGAGAGAGAGAAAGAGGGAGAGAGAGAGCGAAAGAGAGAAGGAAAUUUCAAGCAAACGGUUGAAGAACUGGUGGUGUUUUAAAAGUACAGAAAUCAGUGGCUUGUUUCAGUUUUACUCCCGUUUACGGAUAACACCAACAAGUCCAUAACUCGCAGUCAUAAGAUAAACGUCUUUUACAUGUGGAACAAUAUCGAAAGGGAAUUAAGAGAAAAUAAAACUGUGGUAUUAUUGUAAUUUGUUUUGAUUCAAUCAGCUAAUUUCCAUUAUAAUUGGAUGGCAACACAUUUAAAACUAUUGUAGUCCACCCUUGUCCAUUUUCUAAAAUGGUGUAAAUAUUCUGGAAAAUACAAUAAAUAGGGCAGUAAAAAUUAAGGAAAUCAAAGAACUUUCUCUGGCACCAUGGGUGAAUAUUAUGAGUCAAAAAAGUGCAAGCUGUUGUGGGUGGCUUGGGCAUUUGGCAUUGUGGGUAUUGACAACGGAAUUUUAGGACCAAGCCUGCUUGACCUUGGCUCCCUAAUCCAGGCACAGUUGUACCAAAUGAAUUGGUUGUUUAUUAUUUCUGGUAUUGGAUUCAUUUUAGGAUGUCUUUUAGUUGGUUGGAUGUCAUCAAAGAUAAACAUGGAUCUAAUCCUGGCUGUAUCCAUGCUUCUUGGAUCAGCCACUUUUAUCUUCAUUCCACUCGCUCGUAAUUUACCCCUAAUGGCAACCUUAUUCUUCAUUCAAGGACUUACCAAAGGCUUGGUUGAUGUAGGUUGCCUGAUCACCUGCAACUGGCUGUUUCCAACCAAACACAAUUGGGAGAUGCAACUCAUUACAGUUGUUGCCUCUUUUACUGCUUUUGUCAUUCCAUUCAUCGUCUUACCAUUCCAAAGCCAUAAACUUCACAUGUUCUCCGAAGACACCCAGCUACGAAACAUGUCUUACAUCAACCCACACUCACAUAACAACAUCACAAAAGACGAUCCAACCAACAUACAAUACGCUUAUCUAAUUGCCGCCUUCAUUACUUCUCCACCGAUAAUUGCUUUUUUUUAUUAUUACAUUCGUAGUGGAUGUCAUUCGUGGUCUAACCAGAGUGACUACGAAGACAUGACGGGAAAGAUCUUGGGACAAAAAUACCCUUUGGUUAAAAAGACAAAAAUGUUGGUAUUACUGUUUUUGUUUCAUAUUCCAAUUUUUGGUAUUACCAUUGCUUAUAGCAAUCUCUUGACCGCUUAUGGACUUUCAACAAGCAGAAACUUUACAAAAGCUGACUUGGCGUUUAUGACAUCUGUGAUGUGGGGGUCGUUUUUAAUGGGCCGAAUUCUCACUACUGUCUUUUCAAAAAUCUUUGAUAUCGGAAUUCUCUUAACUCUCAAUUUUGGUGGGUUGUUUUUGUUUGUGUCGUUGUUGGUCGUACAAAUUUAUAUACCAAAUGAAGCUUUACUCUGGAUCGGUACAAGUGGAUUUGGCCUUUUCCAGUCUUCCUUUCUGCCAACCGUCAUUUCAUGGGCUGGUGGCUUCCUCACAAUCGAUGCUGUCAUCCUAACAACUGCACUCGUGGCAAGUGGAAUCGGAGAAAUGACAAUUCCAUUCAUUGCUGGCAUAUUCUUUCAUUCGUUAGGGCCUUCCAGCCUCAUUUAUUUAAUGCUGGGGAACUGUUGUUUAGAAUUUGCUAUGUUUGCCAUGAUGGGAUUCUUAAAUAAUUAUUAUAGAAAAAAUUAUUUAAUUUGAAACAAAUUACAUUUUUUCAUCUCCAAAUGUCCUGAAAUGAUUAUACAUACAUAUAUAUAUAUAUAUAUAUAUAUAUAUAUAUAUAUAUAUAUAUAUAUAUGUAUAUAUUAAUGAAUCACAAAGGAAUGGGAGUUAUGUAAUCCUUUUCAUUAGCUUACCACUGUUUCUACUACAAGAAGCAAUACACCGAGAGUUAAGUGCUUGUGCAACAUUUUACAGCUUCCUCAGAGCACUGCUUCUUAUAGCAGAAACAGCUAUAAGCCAAUGAAGAGAAUUACAUAACUCCCACUCUUUUGUCAUUCAUUCAGUAAUAUUACACUCUGUACUCGCCUAACGUUUUACCCUGAAGCCUAAAUAUAUUGAGUUCUAACAACAGAUCACUAAUAUCAAUAUGCCUAAGUGAAAUCAUUCUAUAUAUAUAUAUAUAUGUAUAUAUAUGAGGAAAUUGUAUUUUAUUUGCAGUCUAGUCAUAGAAAGAGUUAUUGAUAGAGUAUUUUGAGAAGGGCCACAAAUGGCUCCAAUUGGAACGGGUGUAGGAAACAAAACAGAACAACAACAACUGAACUAUGAAAAUACUUUGCAUAUUCAUUUAUUUAGAAAUUUCUUCAGCGUCAACCCUUUUGUUACCGUAUUUCUGUUGGAAUAUGCUGCAUUUAUUA